CUGACGGCCCCUCGGCGCGGAGGCGGGGGACGCGGCGAGGGGUCAUCAAACUUUGGUGUAUGUGUUGGCCAGUUUUGACAUCUCCUUGAAGGAGUGCUGCAUUGAGGAAGAUCAAAACAAGACUGUUUGCAAAUUUUAGGGAAUGGACCGUUUGGGUUCCUUUAGCAAUGAUCCCUCUGAUAAGCCACCUUGCCGAGGCUGCUCCUCCUACCUCAUGGAGCCUUAUAUCAAGUGUGCUGAAUGUGGGCCGCCUCCUUUUUUCCUGUGCUUACAGUGUUUCACUCGAGGAUUUGAGUACAAGAAACAUCAAAGUGAUCAUACUUACGAGAUCAUGACCUCAGAUUUUCCUGUUCUUGACCCCAGCUGGACUGCUCAAGAAGAAAUGGCCCUUUUAGAAGCUGUGAUGGACUGUGGCUUUGGAAAUUGGCAGGAUGUAGCCAAUCAGAUGUGCACCAAGACCAAGGAGGAGUGUGAGAAGCACUAUAUGAAGCAUUUCAUCAAUAACCCUCUGUUUGCAUCUACUCUGCUGAACCUGAAGCAGGCGGAGGAGGCAAAAACUACUGAUACAGCCAUUCCAUUUCAUUCUACAGAUGACCCUCCGCGACCUACUUUUGACUCCUUGCUUUCUCGGGACAUGGCAGGAUACAUGCCAGCUCGAGCAGAUUUCAUCGAGGAGUUUGACAAUUAUGCAGAAUGGGACUUGAGAGACAUCGAUUUUGUUGAAGAUGACUCUGACAUUUUACAUGCUCUGAAGAUGGCUGUCGUAGAUAUCUAUCAUUCCAGGUUAAAGGAGAGACAAAGGCGAAAAAAAAUUAUAAGAGACCAUGGAUUAAUCAACCUUAGAAAGUUUCAGUUAAUGGAACGGCGGUAUCCCAAGGAAGUCCAAGACCUUUACGAAACAAUGAGGCGAUUUGCGAGGAUAGUGGGGCCAGUGGAGCACGACAAGUUCAUUGAAAGCCAUGCACUGGAAUUUGAACUCCGAAGGGAAAUCAAGAGGCUCCAGGAAUACAGGACAGCAGGCAUUACCAAUUUUUGUAGUGCCCGAACCUAUGACCACCUAAAGAAGACGCGGGAGGAGGAGCGCCUUAAGCGCACCAUGCUCUCUGAAGUGCUCCAGUACAUCCAGGACAGCAGUGCUUGCCAGCAGUGGCUCCGUCGGCAAGCCGACAUUGAUUCUGGCCUGAGCCCUUCUGUUCCGAUGGCUUCAAAUUCAGGUCGACGAAGUGCACCACCCUUGAACCUCACUGGCCUUCCUGGCACAGAGAAGCUGAAUGAAAAAGAAAAGGAGCUCUGUCAGAUGGUGCGGUUGGUCCCAGGAGCCUAUUUAGAAUACAAAUCUGCUCUAUUGAACGAAUGUAACAAGCAAGGAGGCUUGAGACUGGCGCAGGCAAGAGCACUCAUCAAGAUAGAUGUGAACAAAACCCGAAAAAUCUAUGAUUUCCUCAUCCGAGAAGGAUACAUCACUAAAGCCUGAGGCUCUGAGGGCCUGGGAUCAGAAAUCACAAGUUUGGAAUGCGGUGGGCCGAAGGACAGCACGGGUGCUCUGGAGCGUUUCGUUGCUGAGCUGAAUUCUCAUUGUAAAAAGAGAGGAAGGACAAAGGGAACCUUACGUUGUAUUAAUAUCUCCUUUCUUCUCUACCCUGCUUUAAAACACUCCUGUUGUUGGUGUUGUGCUGCAGAGUUAUGUGCUAGAUAAGCUAUUAUUAAAUGUGAGUGGGCCUUUAUUCCCAACACCUCUUGUAACUAAAACAAGAACCAUAGUACCUCCCCUCAGAGUGUUGGUAGAAAUAGAACUGAACCAGGCUGUGGUCCCAGGAGUCCAGCUCAGAUCUUUGUACUUGGGAGGCUGGUUUUCUGAUUAUGUUUUGCUUUCAAACAUUACAGAAAGAUCUAAAAUAAAGGGAAAGGUUAUAGAGCAUGAGAAAGCUUUCUCUUCCCUUCUGAGGAUUUUUUAAGCUGACGACUUAACGUUUAUGAGCAAAUGGGAGGAAAAAAAUCUCUCCGUGAUGGUAUUGUCCCAAACUGCGUCUUUCCCUUUUAAUGUUUGGCUUUGUACUUUGCAGUCUGUCUAAUGUGCAGUAGACUUUUGAGGAGGUGGCACCGGAUAUAAAAUGUCUCUUAUUUUUAGAAUUAAUGGAUUAAAAUGUUUUGCUACUUAA